AAAUAGGCGGGCGCCUACCUGGGAGCGGCAUUGGGUUCUCGGCGCCGAGCACCCGCAGAGCUUGAGACACAGCAAGAGUCCCCGCCACAGCCCCGCCGGGAGAUGAUCCUACUGUGCGCCCUGGUGGCUGUCCUCCUAGCUGCCAGCCACGCAGCCAACCCUUGCUGCUCAAACCCUUGUCAGAACAGAGGAGUAUGUAUGACAACAGGAUUUGAUCAGUAUGAAUGUGACUGUACAAGGACAGGGUAUUAUGGGGAAAACUGUACAACACCGGAAUUCUUCACGUGGCUGAGGCUGACAUUGAAACCUUCACCAAAUACUGUCCACUACAUCCUCACCCACUUCAAAGGAGCCUGGAAUAUCAUCAACAACAUACCUUUCUUACGGGAUGCUAUUAUGAGAUAUGUAUUAACAUCAAGAUCACACCUGAUCGACAGCCCACCAACUUACAAUAGUGAUUAUAAUUACAAAAACUGGGAAGCUUAUUCCAACCUUUCCUAUUACACAAGAAGCCUUCCACCAGUAGGACUUGACUGUCCAACACCAAUGGGUGUGAAAGGUAAGAAAGAGCUCCCAGAUUCAAAGCUGAUUGUGGAGAAGUUUUUGCUAAGGAAAAAAUUUAUUCCUGACCCACAAGGUACAAAUGUGAUGUUCACAUUCUUUGCCCAACACUUCACUCAUCAGUUCUUCAAGACAGACCACAAGAAAGGACCUGGCUUCACCAGAGGUCUCGGCCAUGGGGUUGACUUAAACCAUAUUUAUGGAGAGACUCUGGAGAGGCAACUUAAACUGAGACUUCUGAAGGAUGGAAAGCUAAAAUACCAGAUGAUUGAUGGAGAAAUGUAUCCACCAACAGUGAAGGACACUCAGGCAGAGAUGAUCUACCCUCCUCACAUACCAGAACACUUGCAGUUUUCUGUUGGGCAAGAGGUGUUUGGUUUGGUCCCAGGCCUGAUGAUGUAUGCUACAAUAUGGCUGAGGGAGCACAACCGGGUCUGUGACAUCCUGAAACAGGAGCACCCAGAGUGGGAUGAUGAGCAGCUGUUCCAAACUACUAGACUCAUAUUGAUAGGAGAAACAAUCAAGAUUGUUAUUGAGGACUAUGUACAACACUUGAGUGGCUACCACUUCAAACUCAAGUUUGAUCCUGAGCUGCUGUUCAACCAGCGAUUUCAAUACCAGAACAGAAUUGCAGCCGAAUUCAAUACUCUCUACCACUGGCACCCACUUCUGCCUGACACUUUCCAAAUACAUGACCAGGAGUACACUUUCCAGCAGUUUCUCUACAACAACUCCAUAAUGCUGGAACAUGGCCUUUCCCAUAUGGUGAAAUCUUUCUCCAAGCAAAGUGCUGGCAGGGUUGCUGGUGGGAAAAACGUUCCUGCUGCAGUACAGAAAGUAGCAAAGGCUUCAAUUGACCAAAGCAGACAAAUGAGAUACCAGUCCUUGAAUGAGUACAGGAAACGCUUCAUGUUGAAACCUUUCAAAUCAUUUGAAGAACUUACAGGAGAAAAAGAAAUGGCAGCUGAACUGGAAGAGCUUUAUGGAGACAUUGAUGCUAUGGAGCUGUACCCAGGCCUUCUUGUAGAAAAGCCACGACCAGGUGCCAUCUUCGGUGAAACAAUGGUGGAGAUUGGAGCACCAUUCUCUCUGAAAGGACUCAUGGGAAAUGCUAUCUGCUCCCCUGAGUACUGGAAGCCUAGCACCUUUGGUGGAAAAGUUGGAUUUGAAAUAAUCAAUACUGCAUCCUUACAGAAGCUCAUCUGCAACAAUGUGAAAGGCUGUCCCUUCACAGCUUUCCACAUCUUAAAUCCUGAACCCACAGAGGCAACCAUUAAUGUUAGUACCUCAAAAACAACAAUGGAAGACAUCAAUCCCACACUACUACUGAAAGAACGAUCUGCUGAGUUGUAAAAACCCAUCUAUUUAUUUAUUUAACUGUAUAAUUUAUUCUAUUUAUGGCUUAAAGUGUUUUUUAAAAAAAGAGGGGGGCAAAAAAAAUACCCUAAACUUGAGCAUCUUCAUUCUGGAGGUUGCCCUAGAUGCCUUACUUGGGUAAGGUUUCUACUUACAAAAGGGAUUUUCUGUAUUUGAGCUCUACAGUGCUGAAUCCCUUGUUUAAAGUCUUCUGUAACAGAACUAUGUAUUCCAAACUGGACAAAGGUUCCAAUUUUUUUUAUGUUGUUUUAAUACUUGACAAAUAGUGUUAGUGGGGUUUUUGUCUCUUCACUCGAUAGGUCACAUAACACUACAAAAGCAGGUUACUUCCUCAGCAACUUCUUGAACAGGCCAUUGAAGUAAAAGUACAAGAAAAAAAUUCCUUAAUGAAAACUGCUGGAAAAGAUUAUGAAUUCAAUAUGAGCACUCAAAGAUUAACAAAAAUACAUAUACUUGAGACUUAAUCAUGUCAAGUCGCAAAAUGUGUUGCAUUGAUUGUUGAUACUACCUCUCCCUUAUUGCAAAUAAGGCACUUUGUGUAGUAACUUACGUUUGGUUUUAUGUGUAAAUCUACUUUCAUGUGGCAUUAUACUUUUUUAAUUUAUUUAAAGAAAAUGUAACUUCUUUUGGAUACUACUUGUUCUUGAAGCAUAUGUCACAGAUGUAUUAUUUAUGUAAAAAGAUAAUAAUAGGUACUGAGCUUAGAAAUAACUGUCGUGCUGCAAUACAAGGCUGCUUGUACCUUGCUUCAGAUGUUUUAUUGUGCAAGCUUGGGGAGGUCUUAAACUUAGUCCAAAUUAUUGGUAUCGUAGCUGUAUCUCUCUGGUCUACUUGAUAAUAUAAUUUUAAUCUUUGUCACUUUAAGGAUAAAUGGACAGUAUGGGUUUAGAUAAGGAUGUGACUAUAGGAUAGCUUUUAGUACCCAAACCCCAGAUUCUUGGGGAAUAGUGAAAACUGAGAAGCUGUGUAAACUCGCACAGCAGAGAAAUUCAUAUAGAGUAGGUCUAGCAAAACUUCAAGGCACCAAGACUUGAAGGUAGCUUAUGUCUAUGUACACAAGCUAUAUCUGUGACUUAUAGUUCUAUUUAUUGGGGGGAAGAGGGAUAAUGUUUUGUUUAUAACUUAUAAACAGAGGCAUUUUAAGUGACUUAAGCUUAUUUAAAACUGGCUAGCUAGCACAGAAUCUCCUAGGCAUAUUUGUCCUGAUCCAGCACUAAACUAUGUAGUCCUGCCUGAGUACGUAAGGAGUUACACAGGUUCUUGUACCACCACUUCAAACUUUGCCUGUAAGGGUAUUUUUUUUUUUUUU